AUGGGGAGCAAACUCUGCUGCUGCCUGAAGCCCGAAGCCAGGAUCAGAUGGGGCUGGAAAUCUGAGUCGGUGCAUCCCGGCCCUAACUCCGACCAUGGCCCUACGGUGGACCAAUCUGAUGAGGAUCUUGAGUUCUUGGAUUGCCUAUUCACCAAAGACUCCCCUGUGCUGUGCCUCAGUGACCUGAAAUUGCCCGAAGGUUUAAUUCCUUCUGACCAUCCAAAUGCAGGCACAAUUUUUCUAAAGAAAUCUCAAAUGGACGUGCGAGGAAAGAGGAAGAGCAGCAAUUCCACUCAUGUGUUGCCUGGUCACCUUAGAAGAAAGAACAGCUCGUGUGCUACUAUAUUUGUUGACAGCAGUAUUUCUCAUCCUGAUCUGAGAAUCGGCGUGCAGAGCAUGGCAUUAGCCAUCUACUACCAUAUAAAAAAUAGAGAUGACAAUAGAUCCAAGGACAUUUUUGAUGAGAGGAUCCACCCUUUCACUCAGAGCAAGGUUCGGGAGGAACACUUUACACAAAAUCCUGAUCUUGGAUCUAUUUACGCAUUCAUUCACCCGUUUUUUGUAACUAUGAGAGUAACAGCGGGUUAUGCAAUAGCAGCCUUGGUAUACAUAGAAAGGCUUUUAAUUUAUGCCAAAAUCGACCUUUGCCCAAGUAACUGGAGACGAAUUGUUUUGGGAGCAAUCAUUCUAGCUUUCAAGUAUUGGCACGAUCCGGAAAUAUCAAAUGAAACAUUCUGUAAAAUCUGCAGGGGCAUGACAAUAAAAAACCUAAAUGAGUUGGAAAGGCAAUCCUUUUAUCUACUACAGUUUAGUCUUACUGUUUCUCUCAGUGUCUAUGCCAAAUACUAUUUUGACCUUCGGUCCUUAGCAAAUGACCAUGGACUGCCUAUUGAAUUUUCUCCUCUUGGAAAAGAAAGAGCACUGAACCUAGAGGCCAUUUCCAGAUAUUGUGAAAACAAAAAACAGUUCAGGAUGGCCAUAAAAAAAACUGGCAGCUGUGAUAAGCUUACUGAUGGGCAGCAUGCUGAUGCCGUCAUAUCUUAA